CAAGUUGCGGCGGCUUGUGCUGUAGUAGCGGCUGCGGUGUCGUAGGAGGGGGAGGCGGAGGGAGGGGAGGCUCCACUCAUGGCGCCGAGACGCCCUCUAAUCUAGCCAGUAUCACGCCGACCGCGCGAGAAGCAAUACGUUUGCCGUCGGCUCGUAGCCAACGUUUCCAGCAUAAGACAUGCGACGUGUUGUUAUUACGUUGUCCGAAUAAUAACAACAAUAACAACAACAACAACAACAAUAACAACAACAGUAGCAGCAGCAACAAUAGCAGCAGCAGUUGCAACAAGGAAGAUAUUUAUUGUGACAGUAGCGACGAUUCGGAACUUUUAUUGACGCCAAAGUGUCACGUUGAGCAAUUAAAGACUAGUCAUCAUUAUCACAGCCAUUAUAGUCAUUAUAAUCAUCAUCAUCAUCAUCAUCAUCAUAAUCAUAAUCAUCAUAGUUAUCAUCAACCAGCACAACAGCAACAACAGCAACAACAACAACAACAACAACAACAACAGAUUAGAUCGGGUUGCAGUGGCAGUGUUAUUUUAAACAGUGGUGUUCCAUGUGCCGGUGGUUGUUGUAGUAAUAAUAGUAGUAGUAGUAGUAGUAGUAUUAAUAGUAGUAACAACGGUGUUUGCGUUGGUGUGACAGGUAAUAAUGGUUUCAGUAGUGCACCUUCCCCAUGUUGCGAACUAACCAGUACGAGCGAUAAAUAUAAGAGUGCCGUGGAGUCCUUGCUGAAGGCCAACGAAGCGGCGCAAGGCCGUCCCGUUGAUAGAUCCAUGCUGAAGAUCGAGAAGCCACAGUCUUCAUCCAAGGUGGUUGCUCUGCACGGUGUCGAAGGGACUGGGAAGUCGAUGGACAGGAUGAAAUCCUCGCAAGACGUCGUAGGUUACGUUGGUAAGCACGAACCAGUAAAAUCCAAGGGGAAUCACGAUUCUACUCAUGGAUUCAAGGUCGAGAAUCUCAAGUAUUACGGCGAGUUGAAGGGCUAUGAUUUUAAAUCUUACGGUACGAUCGACAAGGCAAUCGUUACCGCUCACGAGAAGUCACAUUUGCAUGGUGCACCACAGGAGAAGCUUUCUCAUGAGAAAUGUCACGCGAAAUUGUCGUCAGGUUCGACGUCCUCGGCAUCAUCACCGGCGAUCCAGGCAUACCUGAAGGUACCGAACGUCGUCGAUCGUCAAGCUGAAAAGAGUCCCUACGGAGAGCACUAUUAUCAUAGAUCGUCACACUCCAAGCCGCAGAACGCGUAUCAGGUUUAUCAGGAGACGAAGUAUUCUUACAACGUUAGUGGGGUGCCAGGAACACCGGCACAGGCCAGCGCAGCCGCAGCGUUCUUCGCAAGAGCCGCACAGAAGUUAAACCUGUCGUCGAGUCCCCAUCGUCGACGGCGUUCCGGUGACGAGAACAUCGGACCAGAAGAGCAACCCAUCUUUCCUAAUGGAUACGCCGCAUUGCUUCUCAAAUCACCGCCUCCGGCACCACCGGCCCUUCUCAGGCGGAUAGGAGUUAAGGAGCUCACCGGAGUUGGCAAGGUGAAAGUCAUGCUUAGGGUAUCUCCAGGAGACGGUGGUAGUUUCUUUAACGCCGAUAAACGUAAGAAGCAAGUGACUUUGGUGGAUCCAGCAUCUGGUCAAUCUUCCUCAGCUGAAGAUCGUAGACCAACUGUAGCAGCACCGAAGAUGUUCGCGUUCGAUGCUAUAUUCACCGAAGAAGAUUCUCAGACGGAAAUCUGUUCGAGCGCCCUCACCGACGUUAUUCACGCUGUCAUCAAUGGAACGGAUGGUUGCCUCUUUUGUUAUGGACAUGCAGGUUUGGGCAAGUCUCACACAAUGUUGGGCACCCCUGAGGCAGGCCACACUUUGGGCGCAAUCCCAUGCGCGAUAGCGUGGCUCUUCCGUGGAAUUUCCGAGCAACGUCAGAGAACCGGCGCCAGAUUUAGCGUGAGGGUCAGCUGCGUUGAAUUGACCACCGGCCAGCAACAGUUGAGAGAUCUUCUUGCCGCUCAUGCGAAUGAUUCAGAACAAUCACCGGCCGUUUAUCUGAGAGACGAUCCAUUGUUCGGUACAUUGCAGUUGCAACAACACAGUGAGCUCCGAGCUCCAACUGCGGAACGUGCAGCUUUUUAUCUCGACGCAGCAGUUGCCGGUCGUCAACGAGAAGAUGGAGAUGCUCACAUGCUCUAUACUUUACACGUGUAUCAGUAUAGCGUCGCUGGCAAGGGUGGUGUCGCCGGUGGUAGAAGCAGACUACAUCUCAUGGACCUUGGUAAUUCCGACCGUGGCAAAUCGUCCGGUGGAAUACCACUUUCGGGUCUGGGAAAUAUUCUCUUAGCCAUUUUCAACGGACAAAAGCACUUGCCGUACAAGGAGCAUAAGCUAACCCAAUUACUGAAGGAAUGUCUCGGCUCGUUAACGUGUCAUGCGGCAAUGAUCGCCCACGUAUCUCCGAAUGCACAACAUUAUACCGAGACUCUAACGACCGUACAGUUGGCAUCGAGGAUUCAUCGAAUGAGACGUAGGAAAAUUAAGUUUGUAGGUGGUGGUACGCAGGGUACCGGAAGUGGUGGUAGCUCAGGCGAGGAAGCAGCCAGACAGAACAGCGAAUGUGAUCCAAGUUCGAGUGAUCUUUCAGCAGAUACUGUAAUCUACGUUGGUCCAUCUGCCGAUGACGCAACCGAUGGAGAACAUCCACCGGUUUACAUUCCAAGUUUGAAUUCCGGUGACAAUCGUUGUGCUAUGGGUAGAGUUCUUCGUGGUUCAGCAGCUGAGAGACCUAGUAAGAUACCUGAAGAAAGAAGUCCGGCACAUAAGGCUACGAAAAUAGCGAAAACUUUAACACAAACAGCUUCGAAACAAACUUCACCUGCUCACAGUGCUACGCCAAAAGCUAGUCCAGCGAGAAAGAUAUCUUCGAGCAAGGUUUCGAGUUCAAAGGUAACUGACUCGCCGAGUAGUAAGAUUCCGGUAGCCGCUUCGAGUGGUGCUUCGGAUGAGCAAUGGAUAGAUGGUCCAAGAAUUUCAAAAUCAAAGGUUGCCGAGGCUAGACAUAUGUUGAAAGAUUCUCAUCAUAAACGAGAAACUUGGAUAGACGGACCGAUGCAAUUGACUGGUCCCCCUCUGUUACCACUUCAUACUCAACAACAACAUUCGUCCGGCUAUGGAUUUAUGGAUAGCCAUAAGAAAAGUAUGAUAAGGAAAUGGGUAGAAAAUCAGUCGUCCCAAAUUCAAAGAUCUAAACACGCUCAGUCACGUAUGGAACCAUUAAAAGGUACUGGACAAUCUUCUCAAUUUAAAGAAAUGACGACGUUCAAAAGUUGUUCUGCUACUGUUGACGACGACGAUACCUCUUUAUCAACCGCUGAGAGUGAUAGUCUGAAAGCUAACGAAAUCGAAGACAUCACUGAGAAACUCGGGGCUAAACUAAAUCUUCUCAACGUUAAGUCAAAUACCGAUUCGGGAUUAGAUCUCACAGCUAGCCCAGUUAUGGACGAUAGCAUUGAUAGAGGAAAGUUAGAUCUUCCGGAGGAUGAGGAUGACGAUGAAGAAAUAGUUGUACCACCCCCUUUACCUCUGAUCGAACCUCUUAGCAAUGGAGUUAGCAGAGAAGUCUCCAUGGAAAGUUUGAAUCUUUCUCACAAGGACAUUGUACUGCCAUCUAGACACUCACUCUCAUCAGAAGACGAAAUCUUAGAAAUUGUUGAGGUUGAAGAUUUAGAACCCGUGCCAAUGCAGGACUCCUGUCUUCAAGUCACAGAAGAGGACAUUGCCAUGUGUAUGGGCGAAAAUCCUUUACCAGAAAGCGAUCAAGAAGAACAUCCUCUGAGAAUCCUAAGCCAAGAGAAUCUCACGGUUGUCUCUACGUUUACUGACUCAAUGUCGGUAAUGUCAGAUACGGAACGCUACAGAUCUCAUUACCCACCGCCUGUUGGUGCUGGUGUAAUGCCGAGGCCGUAUUUCGACCACGAGGAUUUCUUGGAACAAGAGACCAGGCACAAGUUCGAUCAAUUGGCACGACUUCACGAGCUCUACCAGAGCAAGCUAGCUCUUGCUAAUGUCUCGAAUUCAGCGACGUAUCAAAGGGAGAAUUCGUCCACUGUGAAUUCCCGAGAAGCUCCAUCCGCCACCGUCUUCCGUCCGCCAUCACGCUGUCAGUCAUUGUCCCUUACGGACGUCUUAUUCAACGACAAUGCGAGCAAUCAUGGUAGUAUCUACAGCGAGCCUGCAUAUAUAGCUGGAAAGUCCGAUCAAGAGAAGAUAUGUGACAAUUGUCGUCAAAGUAUGUCAAGACCAGCGACAGCAUUUUAUUGGUACCCAAGUAGCGUCGCUCAUCUUGCCAGUCCAAGAAGAUACUGCGGUAAAUUAGGCGAGUGCAAUAUAUCUAGUCUGAGGCAUCCAGACGGUGCUUCGAAUCCUAAUUUAAAGGAAGAAAUCGAAAGGAUACCUGGGAACGGUGCUUCGGGCUCGGAUCCUGAGGAGGAAUACAUUGAGGCAAAGAAACUCUUUACUGCGGCGGAGAGAUCGGAAAGAACGAUUACGGGCAAAUCUGAUAUCGAGGAGGACGUUAAAAUUCAAGCACCAUCCUCCGGUAGAAUGCAACGAAAAAUUCUAAGUCUUGGCUCUUCGUUGGGUCUCAACAAAGAGGGUUACGAAUCUGACGCCGAUUCAGCAGCACGGGCAGCUAAAUUGUCACCGGCUACUUUAUCCAGACAUCGAGCUGAAAGUUCAGGAUACGACAGUGUUGUAAGGGACAGUGAGACCAGCAGUAUCGCUAGUGAUUCUUCUAGGCAAACCAGUGCUCUUCAAGAACAUCAAGCGGUGGAACGGCGGGUGGCAGGGCGCGUGCUCCGGGCACGACUUCACUCUCAGCAGGUGGCACGGCAUCCGGUCGAGCCACCACUGCUGCCACCGGGAAUACUCGUUUACACAGGCGAGGACGUGGACAUCCUGGACAAGCGCGCGCGAUUGCGUUCGGAGCCACGUGGCACGAUGUCCAAGAUACACAAACUGCGACUGCGCCAGCGCCUUCUUAGGCACGAACUCAGAGACGCCAAGAAGCGGUUGAUGGUUCCCGACUGUCGUUGGAGUUACGAAUUGCACGUGGAGGACAGUAUGGACUGGCGUGACCCGUCCUUUCUCGAGGCUCUCGAAGCUGAAACUUGCAUACUCCAGAAACGAGUAGAAGCUUGCAAGAGUCAUGUCCUCUUGGUCACCUGUUUCGAUUUCUGUCCUCAACGCUCCUCAAUGAGUAACGUCGCUUCACCGCAAGAAAUAAAUAUCACCUAACGUAGAUUCGGAUCAGCGCGUACGACCGCGUGCUGAUCGAUACCGAUACCGGUUAACCAUCUUAACAUGCGUCUUCUAAUCUACCUACGAUCGAAUUUGUUUUCUAUGAUUCGCUAAGUUGGAGAUAGAGUUAUUAAAAGAUAGAGAAGAGAAGAGACGAGCGAGGUCGUCGAAUAAAAUGCGUCACCGACACCGACGCCGAUGUCGCUCGACUCCGUCCAAAAUAACUAUUAUGGUUAGUCAAAAAAUCGUCGUAUCCUCGUCUUACCAUCGCUUGUCAUUGUUAUCCUUUGUCCAGUUUAAGCGCUACAGGAAAAAAAAAGAAAUGGAAAAAAAGAAAAAAGAAAGAGGUAGAGAGACAAAGAGAGAGAGAGAGAGAGAGAGAGAGAACUGCCUCCUCGAUAUUUUAACCUUUCAAUUACGAAAUCACGAAGAAA